AAGAGAUUCCUUUUUACACCAACUCUCCCCCAGUAAUGAUCUCCUGUAAUUGGCUGUUGCAUUUUUGGAGCCCACCCCCCACUUGCUUUUCCAUAAUUUCUUCUUCUGAUCUUUAUCUUUCAUUUUUAAGUGAUUAUUGUUAUUUUGGCUAUGGAACCUUCUUGAAUCAGUACAUACAGAUACUGGGUUUUCAGUGUUUUACUUUGUUACUGUGGUGGAUUUUCCUUGUUUCUAGUUUUUGCAACAAAGUCUGCAGUUUUUGAGGUGUACCCUCUGCUUCUACUGCCCCACAAUUGUGAAAUUUAGGGUUUAUACUUGGGAUUUGAGUUGAAAUUUGGGAAUCUUGAACGAACACCUCUGGUGUUUGCAUCUUCCAAGGAGCAUCUUCAAGGAGGUAAUUGAAAUUGAAAUUGGAAUUGGUUUUCUUGCACAGAGAAGUUUUAUCUGUCAUAUUUGGGAAUUAGGUUUAGUUGUGAGUUUUAUAUAUUUGAGCAUGGCAAUGUCUUUCCAUUCACUGAACUACCCAUCACAUAUGGUGGGUUGCAAGAGUGUUCAAAGGAGUGAGGUUAGAACAAGGAGAUGGCAAGUUCUUGCCAUGUCCCCUUUUUCAAUUAUGCCCAAAACUGAACAAAGUGGUAAUAUAAACAACUCCAGGAAGAGUUUUCCCUCAGAUGCAGAUUGUAGUGGCGGUGAGGCGUCAGGCGUUUCUCUGCUCACUCAACAAAAUGCUGUAGGGAUCAUUGGAGGAGUGUCUGUGGAUUCAACUCUGAAUUUUGUUAAGAAGCUUGUGAAAUACGGGUUAAAGGAUAGGGAAAAUGGUUUCCCUUUUGUCCUCUGCUCUGAUCCACUGCUGAGCAAGGAGAUCUUAUCCUAUGAAAGGAGUUCACUCCCUUUCCUUACCGGUAGUGGUAGAAGUAGGCAACCUAAGAGGGAUCACAGCUCAAUCGUGGACAGUUUGAGGCGUAAAAGGAUGUUUCUUGAGAGGUCUGGAGCGCAGUGCAUUGUUAUGCCGUGCCACAUUGCACAUUCAUGGUACGAGGAUGUUGCAGAUGGAUCCUCGGUUUGUUUUCUGCAUAUGGGUGAGUGUGUAGCCAAGGAGCUCAAGGAAGCUAAACUGAGGCCUCUUGAAGCAGGAAGCCCUCUGCGCAUUGGCGUCCUGGCUACCAAUACUGAUCUCACCGCUGCUUUUUACCAGCAAAAGCUUCAAAGUGAGGGUUUUGAGGUUGUAGUACCAGAUAAGGCAACCAUAGAACACACAAUUAUCCCUGCAGUGGAAGCCCUAACCAGAAAGGACAUAGAAGGGGCACAAAACCUGUUCAGAAUCGCGUUACAGGUGCUCUUGGUGAGAGCUGUCAACACUGUGAUAAUCGCCUCAGAUGACAUGUGCGAAGUUUUGCCUCCGGAUGAUCCCCUGCUCAAGAAAUGCAUCGACCCACUGGAUGCAUUGGCACGGUCAACUGUUAAGUACGCGCUGUCUGCUGAAAGAUGUAAAGAACCCUAGUGUGCACAGAUGAUAAUAGUUUUGGAGCAAUUGUGGAGGGGUAUGAGUGGAGUGGGUGUAAAGUAAUGUUCUUUAUUUCAAAUGUAAGAUAUUGAAACAAACUGUUAAUAGCAUCAGUCAGUCAAGCCCAUAGAGCUAAAGUUGUGUCAGACAAAGUGAACACUUUGUUAAUUGUCAAAGAUGAGACAGUAAAUAUACCAUGGCUCCUGUCAACAAC